CAUCCUCUCAACACUUAACACAGAAAAAAAGUUCAGUUGCAACACCAGAAAGUACUGUUCAAAGAACAGAACUUGAGACAAAUGCUGCAGUAGUUGCUGGUCAAAGUCAUGAGACAAAAGAGAAUUGUGAAAAGUCUAAAACUCCAAACAGAAGAAAUUCAAGAGCAGAGGAUUCUGCUGCUUCACAGGAAGCUGUAGAGAAUGGGCAGCGCAAGAGAUCCUCCAGACCUGCCUCUGCGUCCGGCACGGCAAAAGAAACGAGUGCCAGUGCAAUGCAGUCAAAAAGAAGAAAAUCCAAGUAAAUUACUGCAUGGAAACAUGAGACUUGUAAAUGAGUGUGAAUUUACCAAUAGCAAUUUUGAGCUGUGAUUUUUCUUUUUUUUUUUAAAUAAAAUUCUGUACAGUAAGUCAUUUUAAUAUUAUACUGUUCCCAAGCAAUGAUUUUUUUUUUCUAAAAAACAGAUAAAUAGCUAUAAAAACUGGGUUCUUGUAAAACCCUCUGGGCUUACCGAGCGAAGCCCGGGGCUAGCACAUUAGGGUAACGUGUUUGUAUGAAAUGGAAGGGGAGGGAAGACAAUUGUAAAUUUAUUUGUUUCCACUUUUCAUAAACAAAUUAGAAUCCAGAGUUGUCAUUUUUAG